CUUAACGGAGUGUACUUACUAGCUUUUCGCAAUUAAAUCGGUCGUCGCCACAAUACAUAUUAUAGUUGUUACCUACGCCGCAUUCGCAGAGGUCAAAUUAUUAUAUUUUAUUAGAUUUAUUAUAUUAUUUCGUUUAGUAAAACAAUAUAAUAUUACAUUGAGUACUUUUUUAUUUAAAAAAAAUGCAUAUAACGUGAUUCUUUUCUUAGUUUUAAUCGAAAAUACAUUAAAUUUGAAUUAUUAAAUUUUUUAAUUUGAUAAAUCUAAUACAGUGCUUAUUAUAAAAUAACUCGAAGUUCCUGAGCUCUAGUACAACGUGGAUGACAUAGCCGACGAUCUGUUUUCUCGACAACCGCGGUCUAGAAUUCAAAGAGCCUCCGAAAACAACAUGUCGAUGAAAGUCAAAAGCUAAAAAUAAACCACUUAAGAACAGAAAAAAAAAAUGGAUCAAAAUUCCUACAGUCCAAACAGGAAGAAACCCCUCGAGAAGAGAUCGUGUACGGAUUGCUUGUGCUUCCUCGGUUUCAGCGUGUUCAUAGCCUGCUGGUUGGGGUUGGCCAGCUAUGCUUAUCAAAAUUCGGACCAAGAGCUGUUCAUUUCACCGUCGGAUUCGAACGGUCAAGUGUGCGGUCGAAAUAAGAACGUGUCUGAUAAAUCGUACCUGUUCUUUUUUGACAUAACCGAAUGCACUUCACCAAUGAUUUUCGUCCACGGAUGCCAAACUCCUCAGGUAUGCGUGGAAAAUUGUCCAAACACGGAUUGGUCCGUCAAAGAAGUGUUGGACUCUAAAGACCCUCAAGUCGACUGGCCGGCCAUACAGAAGACCCUGAUAUGCGUUUCUCCCGAUCUCAACAAAUUGGUCAAUUCGAUGGAAGUGCUGAAAAACUUUACAUCGUCCAACCUAUGUGCCAAAUAUUUUACUAAGAGCGAAACCCUGUUUAAUUAUUGCAUCCCUACGCUGAGUGGUGACUUGGAGGGUCUGAAACAAAUUCUGAGUUCCAACAAUAUCGCGAUGAGCAGCUUUAUCGACGGAACCGCUAUGGUUGAUUGGUUGAAAGUGUCGAAAGAAGCCAGUCAACAUAUAAAAGAAGAUUUGGAAAAAAGCUACCAACACAUUAUUGUUGGUUUGGUCAUUGCUAUCUUCUUCAGCCUUACCUACAUCCUGUUGCUCAGGUGGUUCAGUUGGAUAAUGGUCUGGAUGUCAAUGUGGGCCAUCGUGGGCUUAUUAGCUUUUGGUAGUUACGAAUCGUAUGUGAAAUACGUGUCAUUCGGCGACUCCGAUACCGAUACUUCGCUGAACGAAGACGGAGAGCCGACCGACAUUGCGACGGGCGGCGGCCGACAGAGCUGGACCAACUACGCAAACUCCAAACUAAACAAAAAGUCCACCUGGUUGGUGUUCACUGUCGUGUCAACCGUCGCGCUGGUCGCGUUACUGUUGAUGAUCGUGUUCUUGCGCAAACGGAUACGGCUGUCCAUAGCGCUUAUCGUGGAAGGAAGUCGAGCGAUACUCGAGAUAAAAACAUCACUGGCGUUCCCGGUGUUCCAGUGGCUGUUGUACUUGGUGGUGCUGAUUUGGUUUUUCAUCGUUGCCAUUUAUCUGUCGUCCAUGAAACUGUACGUGUUCAAAGUCAAAGGCCUCGCCAACGACCACGACUGUGUUUGCAACAACAGUUACUACAAGGACGGUGACUGGUGUACAGAGUCCAAAUGGGAACGGUACUGCAGCGCCUUAGGCCAGAACAAUACCAUGUGCAGACUGGCCAAAUGCGCGUACGACCACAGUGUGUCGCAGGACUUCAUCACCGGACUUCAGCUGUUCAACGUGUUCGGGAUGUUGUGGCUGAUGAACUUUGUGUCCGCCUUCUCUCAAAUGGUGCUGGCCAUCACGUUCACCUCGUGGUACUGGACGUUCCACAAGAAGGACGUGCCGUUCUUCUCGCUUACGAGUUCCUUCUACAAGACAAUCAGAUAUCACCUGGGAACGGUCGCUUAUGGGUCUCUGAUCAUCGCCAUCUGCAACUUUAUACGCGUGAUACUCGAGUGGGUGGAAACCAAGCUGAAGAAGUACGACAAUUCGUUCACCCGAGCCAUAUUCACGUGUAUGCGAUGCUUCUUUUGGCUGCUGAACAAGUUCUUGCGGUUCGUCAACCGGAACGCGUACAUCAUGUGUGCUAUGUACGGGAAGAACUUUUGCACUUCAGCCAAACAGGCAUUCGACCUUUUGUUGAGGAACGUGUUGCGCCUAGUGGUCCUGGACAGGGUGACCGAUUUCAUAUUUUUCGUGGGCAAGGUCGUCAUCAUGGGUGCCACAAUCGCGGCAUUUUACUUCGAGUUCUACGAACCGAUAGAGCCAAUCAAAAAGUUCGAGUUUUUCAAUCAGCCCGUCCUCAAUCACAAGUGGUUGCCGAUGUUCAUCGUGGCCGCCGGCUCCUGGGUGAUAUCUUCCACGUUCUUCCACGUGUACUCCAUCGCUGUCGACACACUGUUCCUAUGCUUUUUGGAAGACUCCGAACGAAACGACGGAUCAGGUGAUCGUCCUUACUUCAUGUCGCGGAAGCUGAUGAACGUCCUGGGAACGAGGAACGUGCUAAAAACCAAUUUUCCCAUUUCCCCUGCCCCUCCUAUUUGGAAUAUUCCGAUAAUGCGCCAAAAACUGACCCCGGGCUUCACGUCGGGAAAGUUAAAGGACACUUACUGCCAAAUCAAAGAGUGCAGUGACGAGGUGGUGUCCGGCAUCGUUGAGACGUUCGGUAAGACCGAUCGAAUUGACGUGAAAACUGUGACUUCAGGUUUUUCCACCGACGUGAUUGGCACGUGCGCGUUUGGCCUGAAGCUGGAUGCGAUCAAGAACGACGAUUCAGACUUCCGCCGGUAUAUCAGGACAAUGUUCCAAGUCCCCACGAAGCAGUUAAUCGUCCAGGUGCUGAUGAUGUUUUGCCCCUGGGUGAUCAAGUUGUUGAAAAUACAAAUGCUUCCAGUGGAGGCUACCAAUUUUUUCUAUAAGCUGUUCAGCGACGUCUUCAAAUACCGCGAAGAGCACAACGUGGUCCGUAACGAUUUGACGCAGACCCUUAUGUAGGCCCGUAAAGAAUUGGUGUUGAAAGAGACCUCGACCGUCGAAGAUAAAUUCACUGGCACUGAUAUCAUCGGAAACGCGAUACUCAUGUUCGCCGCUGGAUCAGAAACUGUGUCGUCUAUGCUUUCUUUUUGCCUGUACGAAUUAGCAUUUAACAAAGAAAUCCAAGACAAAUUACGAGCGGAGAUAUGUGCGAUGAAUGCAAAACACGACGGACAGUUAAACAACGAUUACUUGAUGGACCUCUAUUACACUGCCAUGGUUUUGGAAGAGACUGGUCGCAAGUACACCAUUGCUUUUAGCUUAAUGAAAGAGGCGACAAAAACUUACACCCUACCCGACAAAUUACUUGUUAUUGAAAAAGGACAAAAAAUCUUUAUACCUAUGUUUAGCAUACAUCGGGAUCCAAAAUAUUAUCCUGAUCCGUUGAAAUUUGAUCCGGAACGGUUUUCUGUGGAACAAAAAUCUCAACGACCUAAUGGCACUUACAUGCCGUUUGGCGACGGACCUCGACUGUGCAUAGGUAAACGGUUUGCUGAAUCAGAAAUGAAAUUGGCCUUGUCAAAUGUAUUGUCAAAAUUCGAAGUCUCACCGUGUGAACAAACCGAAGUUCCUCUCGAACUUUUAGUUGCAUCAUCCAGUUUAAUAUCACCGAAAAACGGUGUUGUGUUAAAAUUUAGACCAAUCAUUGCCGUCAUGGCCGUUGUCCUGGGCUCCUACUAUUAUUCAACUUGGACGUAUGGUAAAUGGCGAAAAUUGAACAUACCGUACAUACCACCAGUGCCACUGUUUGGCAACAUGUUUAAAAUAAUGAUGAGGAUCGAACAUCCGAUUGACAUGUCCGAGAGGAUGUACUAUCGAUUUCCGAAUGUAAAAUGGUUCGGGAUUUACCAGAUGAGGGAGCCAAUACUGCUAGUCCGCGACCCGGAGCUGAUCCACACGAUACUGGUCAAGGACUUCUCGUACUUCACGGACCAUGGUAUUGACGUGGACCCAUCCAUGUCCGUGCUGGCCAAUAGUCUGUUCUUCUACAACGGCCGGAGAUGGAAGACUAUGCGCCAAAAGCUCAGCCCGGGCUUCACAUCCGGAAAAUUGAAGGACACAUAUUGUCAAAUCAACGAGUGUAGUGACGAGAUGGUGUCGGGCAUCGUUGAUACGCUCGAGAAAACUGACCGACUGGACGUGAAAAUGGUGACCGCUGGUUUUUCCACGGACGUGAUCGGCACGUGCGCGUUUGGCAUGAAGCUGGACGCGAUCAAGAACGACGAUUCAGACUUCCGCCGGUACAUCAAGUUAAUGUUCGAAGCCACCACGAAGCAGUUGAUCAUACAGGUGUUGAUGAUGAUCUGCCCCUGGGUGAUUAAGCUGCUGAAAAUCCGAUUGUUGCCAGUGGAAGCUACCGAUUUUUUCUAUAAUGUGUUCAGCGACGUCUUCGAGUACCGCGAAGAGCACAACGUGGUCCGUAACGAUUUGACGCAGACCCUUAUGCAGGCCCGUAAAGAAUUGGUGUUGAAAGAGAACUCGACCGGUGAAGAUAAGUUCACCGACAGAGAUAUCAUCGGUAACGCUAUACUCAUGUUCACCGCUGGUUCGGAAACUGUGUCGUCUAUGCUAUCUUUUUGCCUCUACGAAUUGGCGUUGAACAAAGAAAUUCAGGACAGAUUACGAACGGAAAUAUGCGUGAUGAAAGCAAAACAUGACGGGCAGUCAAACAACGAUUAUUUGAUGGACCUCAAUUACACUACCAUGGUUUUGGAGGAGACUGGUCGCAAGUACUCCAUUGCUUUUAGCUUAAUGAGAGUGGCUACAAAAACGUACACUUUACCCGACGAACCACUCGUUAUUGAAAAAGGACAAAAAAUCUUCAUACCUAUGUUCAGCAUACACCGUGAUCCAAAAUAUUAUCCCGAUCCGUCGAGGUUCGAUCCGGAACGAUUUUCUGUGGAACAAAAAUCUCGGCGACCCAAUGGCACUUACAUGCCGUUUGGCGACGGACCGCGACUGUGUUUAGGUAAACGAUUUGCCGAAUCAGAGAUGAAAUUGGCCUUGUCCAAUGUAUUGUCAAAAUUCGAAGUCUUGCCGUGUGAGCAAACCGAAAUUCCCCUCGACCUGAGAAGCGAAUCGACCAGUUUUAUUUCACCCAAAAAUGGUAUUGUGUUAAAAUUUAGACCGAUCAUUACUCAAUAGUUAUACCUACACGAGUUGUUCGUGUUUCCGCGAUAUCAUUAAACGACUAAUUUAGUUUGUUUCUUUUAUUGUUUGAAUGUGGUUUAAAGUGAUCAUGUGUAGACACUUGAGUCUGCCCAGACGUUAUUAUUUAACCAUAGCCUACAAGUUACAGUUUAUAUUAUAAUAUGUAUUACACCUAUUGAGAUUAUCGAUGUUAAAAAUGAUAAUAAUAAAAAGGUGGACAACGUGC